CAGGGUAAACUUUACUCAGAAGGAUUUUUCUAUCACCAAAUGCCAAAGCCCUCAAACUGUGUCCUGGUAGGACGCUGGUCUGUGCAGUAAUUAUGCUCAACAACAUGUGUAAGCUUCUGUUUGGUCUUACGGCCCGUGGAAAGACUUUUAGCGCAGGGCGCCUUUGUGAACGAAGUUGGUCAAGAUUUUACUCUUCAAGUGGAACAUUAUGUCAGAAGUCCGCCUUAAAAUACCCAUCCACACAUGUACCAGAGAUGCCCUCUUGUGAUUUUACACCUGAAGAAUACAAGGGUAUGUCAAAAGAACAAAUGAUGCAGAUUCGCAAACAAAAUUGCAACCCCAUGACAAUGAAGGUUACUAGUUAUAAAAGACCAGUGUUCAUCUAUCAGGGACACAUGCAGUGGCUGUGGGAUGUGGAUGGAAAGCGUUAUCUUGACCUGUUUGCUGGUGUGGCUACUGUCAGCGUUGGUCAUUGUCACCCGAAGGUGACUGAAGCUGCUGUGAGGCAGCUAAAAACACUGUGGCACACCACAAACAUCUAUGUAUAUCCUCCUAUUCAUGAGUAUUGUGAAAAACUAGCCUCUUAUCUUCCAGAUCCUCUCAAGGUUAUAUAUCUCACCAAUAGUGGGUCAGAAGCUAAUGAUCUUGCUAUGCUGAUGGCUCGACUAUAUACAGGCAACUUUGACAUAAUCACAUUUAGAAACUCAUACCAUGGUGGCAGUCCACAGACUAUGGGUCUGACUUCCAAUGCAGCUUAUAAAUAUCCUGUUCCCAGUGGUUUAGGCUGCACAAAUACCAUGUGUCCUGAUGUGUUUAGAGGUCUUUGGGGCGGAAGUCAUUGCAGAGACUCACCUGUUCAAACUAUCAGAGAGUGCAGCUGUCCACAAGGCUGCUGUGUGGCAAAUGAACAUUACAUUGAGCAACUAAAAGAAACUUUUGCAACUAGUGUUCCAAGUCGAAUUGCUGCUUUCUUUGCAGAGCCUAUUCAGGGUGUCGGAGGAGCGGUUCAGUACCCCAGAAACUACCUGAAGGAGGCUUACAAGCUAGUAAAAGAGAGAGGAGGCGUCUGCAUUGCAGAUGAGGUCCAGACUGGGUUUGGUCGCACAGGCAGCCAUUUCUGGGGUUUCCAAGGUCAUGAUGUGGUCCCUGAUAUAGUAACAAUGGCAAAGGGGAUUGGUAAUGGAUUUCCUAUGGGAGCUGUUGUAACUACACCAGAAAUUGCUGCAUCAUUUGCUAAGGCAGUCCACUUCAACACAUUUGGUGGAAAUCCUGUGGCUUGUGCUGUUGCUUCGGCAGUGCUUGACACUAUAACAAUAGAAGGCACACAGCAAAACAGCCUUGAAGUGGGCACCUAUUUGAUGACCAAGAUGGCUAAACUAAGAGACACAUAUGAGAUCAUCGGAGAUGUGCGGGGAAAAGGUCUUCAGAUUGGUGUAGAGAUGGUCAAAGACAAGACAAGCAGAGAACCCUUGCCUGUUAAUUCAGUAAAUGAAAUAUUUGAAGACAUUAAGGACAUGGGAGUGCUGAUUGGGAAAGGAGGCCUUUUUGGGCAGACCUUUCGUAUCAAACCUCCCAUGUGUAUUACAUUGGAAGAUGCUGAUUUUUUCUUAGCUGUUUUUAACAACGCUCUUUGUAACUACAUGGAGAGGAGAUAAGUACAAAGUUUUUCUCAUGGAAUAGCAUUUAAGAAAAAGUAUGCAUGAUAGUUUGUUUUUGACAUAUUACUCCCUUUUAUCUGCUUUGUAUUUAGCAGUAUUGUGUGUUCUAAAUUAAAUUAGAUUAUAUCAGCUUAAGAGGGUAAGACUCUGUUUAAGUAAUACUUGCAUUUUAGACAUUUCUAUUUUUCAAACGAAUCAUUCAGUUGAUUGAAAGCACUUUUAAUUUUGAGCUUUUAAAUGCACUUAAACACCAGUUAUUUUGUACUUGAACUGGGUUUUUUUGAUUGGUAUGAGCAGUUUGAAAUGAUGCCCAUGCUGCUUUAAUUUUCAUUUAUACACACAUUUCUAGAAUUGUGCUAAGUUUCAUUCUGUAUUCACAUCACACGUGAAAUAUAGAAUAGUAAAUGCAUUAAAAACAAAAAAAAAUAAAUGUGUGGAUAAAAGUG